AAUCGAGCAGUUCUCAUAACUCGCGAAGUGCACCCUGCCACCUCGCGCGCUUCCCGCGAAACUUUGAAACUCCCCCUUAGUACCCCCCCUGCUGUGUAACAUAAUUGCUACAUUUCCUGGAUCCGGCUGGAGGGUUGUUCUGUUGCAUUAUUCAUAACAAAAGAAGUGAUGUUGUGUAAUACAAAGCAUAAGAUGUGAAAAGCAUAACAUGGGUGCCGCUACGGAGUUACACAGGCUAGUGGAUUUGGCGUUACGCUCUCCGGACGCGGGUGUCGUGAACUUCAAUCAUCUUCACACGCUUCUGCACGCCAUUUUGAACCACAUCGAACCGCUUGGCGGAGUGCUAAAUCUUCAAGCAGCUCAGCUAGCUGAUGAAGCAAGUGACAAAAGCACUUCAUUUGAGCAGUCAAAUGUAAAGGAUAAACCGGUUUCAGAAGUCGAUCUCUCUAGUCGAGACGACAAUCCCCUCGUCAUUUCUGAUCAUCUCGGUUCUUAUCCUGACCAAAGAAGCAACUUCGACAGGACUGUCACAGUGAUAAAUACUGACAAAAGACGGAAGUCUUUUUGUUUACAGACAAGGCAACAGAACCUUGAGAAUAAAGUUCAAGAACUGGAGGAAAGAUUAAAGAUUCUUGACAAUCUACCUUCCAAUCAGUUUAUCAUAGACCAGGCACAACAGAAGAACGAUACAACCCAAGAUGAUCCAUCUAAUCAAAAUGUGCUCUCUGGAAUGUGGCAGUUGAUGAAGUUCAACAGGCGACUUCAGGCCACUGAAGAGGCUAUUGACAGAGUAAUGACAAUCUUGAAUGAAUUUCUUGGAAGUGAUGGAAAAAUUAUAAGUGGAGUCAGAAGUGAAGUGGACGAUAUUGCCAGUGAACUAAAGAAUCUCAAAGAAACAUUGCUCAGUCAGAAAACAGAUGACAAUAACCUGGGACAGAAUUUGUCACAAGGGGCAGCUGGUGAUAGCGAUGCAUCACAGCAGCAGCGAUUAAAUUCCCUCGAAAAACAGCUCCAGGAAAGAUUUGUGACAAAGGAUGACUUGUCAGUGUAUGUGAAAUGGCCUGCCCUGGAAGACGCAUUGAAUGUAAAGAAAACUGACCUUGAACAGAGACACAAGGAGGGAUACAAAGGGGAGAGCAAUUUGUUACUUCAAAAAGCAUCAAAUGAUCAUGUCAGUAGCGAAAAUAAAGCUUCUGAUACCGAGUCAGAUGGACGCCCGCAGACUGCUCCACUGCCGUCAACCUUGCAGACACCAGUUCCAACACCUGAGAUCCCUAAGACAGCUUUCGCAAGCAGUGCGCAGGUAAACAUUCUAGAAUUGUCUGCUGAAGACCAUCCCUCUCAAGAAAUGGUGGAAUGUCUGAGGCAGAUUGGAGAGCUGUCAGAUAAACAUAGCAUAGUGGAGAAAAACGUAGCUAGUGUGAUUGAAUCACAACAGGAAACAGCUGGAGAGUUGGCCAAAGUAGAACAGGCUCUGUCACUGAAAGUCAGCAGGGAAGAUUUGAACAUUCCUGAUGACCUCCAAGAUCAACUGGCCAUGUUGAAACAAGGUUUGGAAUUCCUAAAUACAAAUCAAGACUUGGUUGCUCUAGCAGAAAUCAAGAAAAUGGCUUUGAACAACAAGGAGCAUAUUGAAGCACUUAAGCGUGAACUUGCCAUUCUUGCUCGGCAAAACAAACCAGCUUUUACAGGAGUGGUUGCCCAGUCACCUGUUAUAGACAGCAGUGUGUUGGAUGCUGUACGAGAACACUUGACUGAUCUGCAAACAGAACAAGAAAAACUUGCUGUAACAGCAGACAGACAGCAUUCUGAGGUAGUGAACGACCUUGCUAGAAAACAGGAGCAUAUUGAAGCACUGUACAGUUACGUGGAGAAACUCCAAGAAAGUAAAGCAGAUAAAGAAAAUGUUGCUAUGGAAAUGAACAUUAAGGCUGACAAAGCCGCCUUGGAUAGCAAAGUGAAUGUAUCAACAUUUGACAACACAUUUAGCAUGCUUGAUGAGGGACUAAGGGAAGCCUUACAGAAAAUGGAUGAUUACAUGAACGAAGAAAUGGCUUUGAAACAAGCACUGAAGCAACUCUCUGUUGACAUGUCAGAGAAAAUGGAUGGACAAGCUUUCCAGGCACUCAAGAACUAUCUAGAGCGACGUAUAGCUGAUGUGCAGAAAUCCAGGAACCUGAUUGCUGCAGAGACAAAAGUGGACUUUUCUGACGCAGCUGGAUUCCGCAAACCGAUCAAGUUUAAUUGUAUCUCGUGCAGUAGACCCGUAGAACUCCCUCUGAGAGGGCCCCUCCAGAGCAACCUGCCAGCCCCAAGAGGGGUCCGAACAAAGAGGUCUAAGGGCCCUUAUUUGUCCUAUGAAAUGGACCAGAUUCGCCAGUACCAACGCGGUCACUAUAGCGGUGGUAAAGCGGAGAAAACGUUAAAUGACAUAAUCACUGGUCGGCCAUGUGGGGGGAGUCACACAGUGAUGUAUCAUCCAAAAAGACGCUCCAAAACCACCCAGCUCAAUCAAGUGUUGGCAGCGCGCGAUGAAGCACCGGACGUUCCAAACUGGGGGAGAGAGUUAUCCGUUCUUGACAUGCUCAAAGGAUCAGAUGGUCAUCUUUACAAAGGACGCUUCAGACAGACCAUCCCACCUAUCGCUAAGAGUUCGUCCCAGUCUCCCCCGCACGAACAUGAAUUUACAUCCUUUGCCAAGGAGGACUCACAACUGACGUCAUCACGCUCGAACUCAGGCCCCAACUCGCCCCGGAACACAGCAGUGGGACAGGCAGCGGAGGAAACCUCCAGGGAACUAAGACAGAGUCCGCGAGAGGCACAGUCACACAAUACAUCCCCGAGAACACGGAUUAGACACAUAGUGAAACUUCACAGCUCCGAAUCACCACCCGCUCCAAUCCCCUCACCAUCUCCUCCUCAGAAUGAGAAUCAGAAAGCGUUACAGAAACAGCAAAGAAUCCGAGAGGACGUUCAGACAAAGUUGUUUACUCCAGCGGCCCCGAGGCCAUCCCCUGACGGAGGCGGAGAAAACGACGAAAUUGAUCCGGGUGGAACUGGGCGUACUACGGGUCAAGGAGCUCUCCCUCACACAGAGCAUGAAGAAGAAGUUUUGACUCCGAUGGAUUAACUACAAACCAAGAGAUGCCAAAAAAACAAAGCAUAACCUUCCAUAUAAAUAAAUAUAAUAUAUUACAGAUUUCCUUUCAGAUUUAUGAUUUAGCAAGCGUUCUUUAUUCUUAUCCACAUAUUCAAAUAGAAGUGAUUACACAUGGCAUGGAAAGAAAAUUAUUGCAUAGUGACCGCGUUGCUGGUCACUGAUCUUUCCAUUCACAUGGAUCUAUGAGAAAAAAGGACAUCAUCUGUCUACGUGACUGGGUCAUCGAGUAAUUGUAACAAGUGUAAGAGGAAUAAGUUGGUUAUUGUACAGGACCCGUACAGAAUAUUACUUUUAGAAAUGCGUCGAAUUCACUGACGCAUGUCAAUGUUCCAAAUUUUAAAUGCAAAGUUUGGAGCAAAGUGCAACUUAUUUUCUUUCAAACUUCGUCCAGUAACUAUAGUAAACUGUUUGCAUUUUUUUCUGGUUUUGAUGCCUUUUUAUUUUUUAUUAUUUUUGGUUUUAUUUAUUUUUGCUUUUUUAUCACGUUACUACAAGAUGUAAACAACGACGUCAGCAAACAUGGACGUCACGACUAUAUCAUCAUCUUUGCGCCGUGCUGUACUUCAUGGAUCAUAAAAGUAAAAAUGGAAUAACGUAACACCUUGUUUAAUUUAAAAAAUGUACGUCGCCAAAUAUUAGGGAAAGUGAACUUAUUUGAUGCUAGAAAUAUCGAUUGAGUGGAUACCAAUUUAAAAUAGUGGCUGGCAUUGUAAGAGUAACCUUUGUAAAAACUGAGCGUAAAGAUUUAUUUCAGAGAGACGGUAGCAGUUAAGGUUUCGUAUGGCAGGUCCGUCAGAUUAACUAAGUUUCAAUGAUAUGUGUUAAAGAGGAACUCUUCGAGAACGGGAUUUUUCAGCGGGUAGAAAAGGUAUAUAUUAUUUCUUGGAGGCUUCAUCUUUGAUGGCCGUAUUCUACGUGUAAAUGAUGUUUUGGAUUAGAAGAAGGCGGAAUGUUAAAUCAUGCUGAAGUCUUUCAGUAAGUCCCAAGCUGAAAAUACCAAUUCCUGUCGUUGGGUGUCACACGUUUAAAUUAGCAUUGGUUCGGAGAAUUUGGCCGUGCAUCAACACAAUAUCUCCCAGUUGAUUAGUGUAUGUAUUCUCAUCACCUGACAGUUGUCUUGGCAAUACAACGAGAAAAUAGAUUUUGAUUACUUGGGGGUUGAAGGAUCAAGCGUGCAUUGUACAUUCUCACAAGCUUCGAGGUGUAAUUAACUUGCCAGAUUGAUAGAAGCUCGUAUAUAGUUUUACUUCGUUCAAAUUUUGCAUUUGUAAGAUACAAAAUGUAAAUAAAGAUGUUAUGUCAUA